UUGUUGUCUAACUACAAUAUGGCCUUGUUUGAGUAUAUUUCAUUCUUUGUAGCAAUUCUCUUCAUAAUAUUAUACAAUAUAUGGAGACGCAACAAAAAUGUUCCUAUACCAAAUUGGCCAAUCAUUGGCAUGCUACCAUUAGUUUUACAUAACCUAUCCAAUAUUCAUGAUUUUAUAACCUUAGGUUCCAAAUAUUAUGGAAGCACUUUUCAUUUUAAAGGACCUUGGUUCACAAACAUGGCCAAUAUUAUCAUCACCACUGACCCUAUGAAUGUGCACCACAUCACUAGCAAGAAAUUCACCAACUAUGGAAAAGGUACUGAUUUUCAUGAGAUUUUUGAAAUUCUUGGUGAUGGUAUUUUCAAUUUGGAUUCCAUUGAAUGGAAGCAAGAGAGAGCAGUACUUCAUUCAUUACUCAAAAACAAAAGUUUUAUGAUAUCCCUUCAACAAAACAUUCAAAAGAAAUUAGAUAAUUGUCUAUUACCACUUAUUGAUCAAGCAUCUAAAGGUGGUGAAAUACUUGAUUUACAAGAUAUUCUUGAGAGGUUCACCUUUGAUAUUACGUGCACUUCGUCUUUUGGAUUUGAUCCUAAUUGCCUUCCUUACAAUUUCAAUGAGUUAUCAGAGAUAGCUUAUGUAAAAGCUAUUUCUGUGCUUGAGGAUACAUUAUUGUAUAGGCACUGUAUUCCAAAAUGUAUUUGGAAGCUACAAAGAUGGCUACAAAUUGGUCAAGAGAAGAAGAACAAGGUAGCUCAACAAAACCUUCACCAAUUUCUGUCCAAAUGUAUAGCUAUCUCCAAAGAUAUGGAUGAAAGUCAUUCAUGCUUGCUAAAGGAACUAAUAAUGAAGGAAGGCUUGCGGAAGGAGGAGAUGGUUAAGAAUGAGAAGUAUAUUAGAGACACUGCUGUCAAUCUCUUGGGUGCAGGAAAUGGAACAAUCAGUGCUGGUUUGAGUUGGUUCUUUUGGCUUGUUUCAACUCAUCCUAAUGUGGAAGCUAAAAUCAUUCAAGAGAUCAAAGAUAAUUGUGAAAACCAAGAGGUGGAUUUCAUCACUAACCUAAGUGCUGAAAAACUUGAUAAGCUUGUGUACCUUCAUGGAACUAUAUGUGAAUCCUUGAGGCUCUAUCCUGUUAUACCAUUUCAGCACAAAUGUCCAAUCAAUUCUGAUAUACUACCUAGUGGAGACCAUGUUAGUGCAAAUACAAAGUUGAUAUAUUCUUUGUAUGCAAUGGGAAGGAGGAAAGAAAUAUGGGGAGAUGAUUGCAUGAAAUUUAAGCCUGAGAGAUGGAUAUCAGAUAGAGGAGAGAUUAUACAUGUACCUUCUUACAAGUUCAUAGCAUUCAAUGCAGGUCCAAGAAGUUGUUUGGGAAAAGAUAUCAGCUUUGUUCAAAUGAAAAUGGUUGCUUCUGCUAUGUUAUGGAAGUUUCAUAUACAUGUUGUGGAAGGUCAUUCUGUUGCUCCAAGGGUUUCUAUUGUUCUUCGCAUGAAACAUGGAUUUAAGGCCAAACUCACCAAAAGAAUCAUUUGAUACAUGUUGAGUGCUUCUCUCAACCUAUUUGCAUGCUACUGUUUAAUGUUUGUGUUUGUUAAAUGUUUUUUAGUUUCUUAUUGUUAUUCAGUUAGGUUUUGUUUCUACCUGUUAUUCAGUUUGUGUUUGUUCUUUUGUUAA